AUGGCGCCUUUCCCAGAGGUGCGGGCACUUCCUGGUGAUGUUGUCCGACGGUCUCCAAAGCGACCGACGGAAGUCUUUGACAGCCUUGUUCGAUACUUCAAUGAUCAGCCGGGCUAUGACCAGAUGGGUGUUGACGUGACGGUCUUGAGCCUCGCGGAGCACGAGUCCUGGCUUGAGGUGGACCUGAUGUUCGAGUUCGUCGUGUUCCGCGUCGCGGUGAGGGUUUUCGAAGACGAGGCCGAAGUCCCCACCAGCACUGUGGUCUCUUUCAGGGAUCUGCUCAGACAGGACUCUCUGAGAUUCAGCAAGCUGGUUCACCUGAUUGAGCACGGGGUCUUGCUGGAUGCCGACAGCAAGAGCGACAACAAGAGUGACAGCAAGCCGACACCCUACCUUGAUUUUGACGAAGAAGAUGACUUGGAGCUGCAUGCAGGAGAGGCGAUGGAAACGGUGCUGGCGCUGAUGACGUCCUGUGUUGAAUCACAGAAAUCUGCCCCAGAUGCUGCACAGAUCUUGGCUUUCUGGGCUCACAACAGCCCAUGCACUCGGGCCACCAUCGCCCAAGCAGCAGCGCAACGGAAUGUCGUGCAAGGAGUGAAAGAAGCCUUGACACAGCAGAGCAAGCAGAACGAAGUCCUUCCUCAAGUUUACCCGCUGCUCGCAGCUUUGCAACAGAGUGCCUGCAUCGCCCCCGAAGAUCUUGCAGCUUUGAAGGUAGAUGCGAUGAAAGGCUCUGAAGCUACGAGCCUGGUUGAUCUCGCGAGCAUCCCUUUCCUCCUUGGACCGUACCGUCUUGUCACGCAACUCUUUCGAUGA